AUACAUAUAUUGAUUUUUAAAAAAAUUAUCUUCUAUUUUGCGUAUACUCCCCUGAUUGUGCAGAGAAUUAUCUUCAUUUUUACAAAUAAGAAAAAUAAAUUACAGACAGAACGUGAAAGAAAGUACAUUUGUAUAAAGGAGAAUAUUAUUGUAAAGAUCUGUUUGUUUUUGUUAUAUUUGCUGCUUUGCAUAUCUUUUCUCCAAAGAAUGAUUACACAUUCUGUUUCGUCGUGUGGAUGAUCUGUUCGAGCUACACUCUUUAGCGGUACUUUUUUCCCAAAUUUUUCUCCAUCCCGUCUUUCUCUUCUCUCGCAUAUACACACAUAUAUAUAUAUAUAUGUAUAUUAUAUAUAUUCUUAUUUUAUAAUUUACAUUUUGUAUUUGCAAUUUGUACAUUUUGAGUGCUUUAACAUGACAGGUGAAUAGAACGAAAUCACUAAAUCGCUUACGACUCCCCUGUCCUUGCACUAUCCGGUAAAGGUUAAGUUCUCGGAUCGGAGCGAGAAACGUCCAACAGUCCAACCCCAACCUCCAACUGCGGCAGUCGCGCGAGCGCACGCAUCACGCAUCUGUUUGUCAACCGGGAAUCGGCUGUAUGGAGAUUUCGCGGUGUCCGAGUAUUUUCUGAAGCAUGGAUUCGCCGCCGAGCCUGGAGACCGUUUACCAGGCCGUGUGCUCUUUAUAUAAUAAUACAAAUCCGGCCGAGCCAGGAAAAGCGUCAUUAUGGCUGGGAGAAUUGCAGAAAUCGGUAUACGCAUGGAAGAUAGCUGAUGAAAUGUUGCAUCAAAAACGAAAUAUAGAGUCUUGUUAUUUUGCUGCGCAAACAAUGCGUACUAAGAUACAACUCUCUUUUCAUGAAUUACCUCAAGAGGCUCAUAUUUCAUUAAGAGAUUCCUUGCUGGAACAUAUAUCGCAAAUUAAUGAACAUACUAAUUCUGCUAUUGUUACUCAGUUAUGCUUAGCACUAGCAGAUCUGGUCCUACAAAUGACAUCAUGGCAAAAACCAGUAGUGGAUUUAAUUAAUAAAUUUGGAACAAGCACUGCAAAUCUGUGGCCAUUGCUUGAAAUACUGACAGUGCUCCCAGAAGAAGCAAGUUCAAGAUCGCUCAGGCUGGGAGCUAAUCGUAGGCAUAAUAUGUCACUUGAAUUUAAUACAAGUGCAGAUACUGUGACAGAAUUUCUAAAAAUGUGCCUAAAGAACGGCAGUGAUAAUAUACAAAUCCGAGUGACUAUUUUGCGAUGUUUUACCAGUUGGAUAACUGUUCAUGCAAUACCACUUGAAGCCAUACCCUCGAGCGACGUAAUUGCUUAUGCCUUGCAAGUACUUAGCAAUCAUAUGGCUGGUUCGCAAUUGCAUGAAACAGCUACUGACUGCAUCUGCGUAAUUUUGCAGACGCUAGGGGAAGAUAUGAAUCGUGGUAGUACACUAUAUAACAAUAGCGGUCAACUACAGCAAGUGCAAUUGUGUGUUUUCACGAGUGUAAUGAAUUUAGAACAGCCAUAUCAUUUAUCUGUUGCACACGAGGAUAUGGAAAAAUCUAUAAAUUACUGUCGAAUAUUCACGGAAUUGGCCGAAACGUUCCUAGAACUUAUGAUAGCAGGUAGCGAAGGUGGGGAGCAGUUUUAUGCCACACAGAUUUUGGACCUUGUUCUUACAUGUGUUGGUCAUCAUGAUUAUGAGGUUGCACAGAUAACUUUUAACCUGUGGUAUCGGCUAUCGGAAAUUCUUUAUCAGAAAAAUAGCGACGAUCUUAAUACUGUAUUUCGGCCACAUAUUGAGAGACUGAUUGGUGCCCUUUGCAGGCAUUGCCAAAUGGAACCAGACCAUUUGGGUCUUGUGGAGGAAGGAGGAGGAGGAGAGGAAUUUGCUGACUUCCGAAACCGCGUUUCGGAUCUGAUAAAAGACGUAGUGUUCGUUGUUGGAAGCAGCCACUGUUUCCGACAAAUGUUCUCAUCGUUGACUGGAGGACCUGGACCACAGGGUCAACCUGUACAUACACCUACCUGGGAUUCCACUGAAGCUGCACUUUUUGUAAUGCAAGCAGUGGCGAAAAACAUUUUGCCAGAAGAAAAUGACGUUGUUCCGAAAGUGGUAGAAGCUAUUCUUAACUUACCAGAAAAUACUCACAUAGCUGUACGCUAUACCAGUAUUCUCUUGUUAGGUGAACUAUGCGAAUGGAUAGAUAGGCAUCCGCAAUCGUUAGAACCAGUGUUAAAUUUCCUCUUAGCAUGUUUAAAUCAAAAGGGUUUAGGAAGUGCCGCCUCAGGUGCACUGUUAAGCAUAUGUACAGCUUGCCCGUUACAUAUGGCCUCGCACUUCUCUGGACUUUUACAAAUAGCACGUUCUCUUGACAAUUUUGCUAUCAGCAACGAUGCAGCAAUUGGCCUACUGAAAGGAGUGUCGAUAAUUUUGGCGAGAUUACCACAUGAGGAAAUUACUACGGCAAUGCGAGAAUUGUGCUGUUUUCAAGCGAGUUCCAUAUGGACGCUUCUCGCGGAUAAUAUUCCAAUCGAGAGAGGAACCAAGACUGAUCCUGUGAUAUGGCUGGAUAGAUUAGCUGCUAUAUUUAAGCACACUAAUCCUCAAAUCGACGAACCCAAUAAAUCUCAUCCUUGUCAGACUGUGGUCAUCGAAAUGUGGCCAGUAUUGUCGAAUGUGUGCGAAAGAUAUCAACGGGAUGUAAGAGUCAUGGAGAGAUGUUGCCGUUGCAUACGUUUUGCAGUACGCUGCAUAGGAAAACAUUCUGCCCAUUUGCUUGAACCGAUUGUGAAACAGAUCGUACCGUUAUAUACGGUACAUCAACAUAGUUGCUUUUUGUAUCUUGGCUCCAUAUUGGUGGACGAAUACGCGACUGAUUCGGAAUGUGUAUGGAAUCUAUUAAAUAUGUUACAAGCUUUUAUUGGCCCCACCUUUGCACUUCUCGAACAAGAAGAUGGCUUGAAAAAUCAUCCUGACACAGUAGAUGAUCUAUUCAGGUUAUGCGCCAGGUUCCUUCAAAGAGCUCCUGUCCCUUUAUUACAUUCUCCUGCUAUCGGGAGCAUUGUAGAUUGCGCUAUAAUGGCUUGCAGUUUAGAUCACCGAGACGCCAACAGUUCAGUAAUGAAAUUCUUUUACGAUCUCUUGCAUAGCGGUCGCAGUUAUAAGGAUCGAUCAGAUUAUACGAUACGGCGACAAUUGGUACAAAAUAUAUUGCAAGAGAAAGGCCAAACGUUAAUUAUAAAAUUAUUACAUGCUUCAGUAUUUGAGCUGUCUUCUUAUAUGCUAUCCGAUGUGGCUGAUGUCAUUAUAGAACUUACCCGAAAUGAGACAGAACUUAUGUCGAAAUGGCUAGCGGAAGCUAUCCUAACGAUGCCAUCGCAAAACGCAGGUGGAGCUCCUACAGCCACAUCCGAACAACUUACUGAGUUUCACAAUACAGUCACGAGGUCAGAAACACCAAAAACCGUUACACACGCCCUACGAAAUUUUGCACGUCUGUACCGCUAAAUGCGUUUAUAUAAUAUACAUUAUAUUAUAUAUAAUAAAUAUAUAUAUAUAUAUUAUAUUAUAUAUAUAUUUAUUCAUUAAAUUUCUUAAAAAUGAUACACAUUAUUGAGAUCUUCCAGCAAGUUUCAAUUACUAUGUCGAGAAUAAAAAUCUCAAAACAGCGAAAUGUGACAUGUGAGUCUCACGGGGUGCUGUAGAAACAUUAGGAAAAAAAUUAUUUAGAUUUUUAUGUUCUUAUUAUCUAUGGUUGUGUUUGCAAAGUAUUUUCUUUUUCUUUUUAUCUUUUUUUUUUUUUUAGAUGUGUAUACAUUAUAUUUGGGCAAGUAUCAUUUUUUUUACAAGUAUGUAUCAGAAAAUUCUUUAUAUUUUUUUAUUAUUUAUUUGUAACUGUUCUUUAAUUAAUCUGUGUAGAAGAGAUAUCUAUACAAUAUUUAUUGUGCUAAAUAUAGACAAUGUUUAUAUGUGUAUAAAGAAAGAAUGUUUUUUUUUUCGGAUUUAAAAUAUAUCGAUCAAUUUCUUUUUAAUAAAACAAGAAAAAUUAAAUACUUUGCAGACAUACUAUAAAUAAUAAACACGUGGACAGAAUUCAUGAAGGCGAUAUAUAUGUGUGCUAACCAUUAUAAAUUAAGUGGAUUAUGCCGAGUUAAUUAUAUUUACGAGUGAAAUAUUUUGUUAAUUAUUUGCAAAAAUUUUAUAGUAUUUUUUUAAAUAUCUUGACUACUAUUUCGACGUAAUUACAUUUACUCAGUUUAAAAAAUAAUCAAGUUUCCAACAUACAAAAAUAAUUAAUGGCAUUUGUUUAACUAAUAAUAUGUGAAAAGCACAUAUCUCAGAAUAAAAAUAAUUUUUAAUUAGAAGCACACUUUUGUAAAUGUAUUACGAUAUAUCUAAAAAAUUAAUACAAAUUUUGAAAUCUCAUGUCCAUAGACUUUAAUUAGAGCGAAUUCUAUGUGCAAAAAUUAAUCAGACACAUCUAUCGUUGUUUUAAUUAAUGUUGGAAAACAUUAUUAGGCAUAUGUAUCUAAAUUAAACACAUAAUAAUUAUUCCUUAUUCAAUUUUUUAAAACGCGAGCUGAUUUCCGAUUUAUAUCUAUUGUAGUAUAAUAGCGAAGAAAAUUCUCUUGCAAUUACUUUGAUACACGCGAAUGUAAUUAUUCACAUAACACAAAUUUGAGAAACUUAUACAAAUUUUUCCAUGUUUACAUAUAUAAAAUACAUCUGUAGAGUAAACAUGUAUUUUAAGUAUAUAUUUUAACAAUUGUGUAAUAUACAUAUAAUAGCAGAUAUAAGUAACAAGCAUCACCUUGCUGUGUUACUGCAAUGCAUUCGUGAACGAUGAUAAUGAUAGAAUCAUUUAUCUAUAAAUGAGUAUGAAAAUAAUUGUUAUAUUUUCUAGUUUUACGCUCUGAAUCUAUCGUUUAAGUGUACAUAUCGUUUAUAUACGACAAAUAUUAGAUGCCGCUCUUCUUUCGUGGAAUGUUAAUGUACAGAAUGAAGUAAUUGAUUAAGAAUUAAGUAACAAUAGAGAGAACGAAAUGUUUAUAAUGUAUUACUACUACAUAUGAUAUAACGCGUCGAGAUGUUAAGCUCGUUAAAUCCUCGACAACAGUAUUCCUGCAAAUACUGUUCGAUGUAGCAUUUACGUUGAGCGCUAAUCGUCAUUUUGUUUCAUAGUAACGGUAAUCUUUCGAUGAAAUCUCGAAUAAAGUGAUAUUUUUUAC